AAGUGGCGACUAUGGGCAGACUGGGUUAUUGGACCCUGCUGGUGCUGCCGGCCCUUCUGGUCUGGCGCGGUCCGGCGCAGGGUGCGGCGGCGGAGAAGGGUCCCCCGGCGCUGAACAUUGCGGUGCUGCUGGGUCACAGCCACGACGUGACGGAGCGCGAACUGCGAAACCUGUGGGGCCCCGAGCAGGCAGCAGGGUUGCCCCUGGACGUGAACGUGGUGGCCCUGCUGAUGAACCGCACGGACCCCAAGAGCCUCAUCACACAUGUGUGCGACCUCAUGUCUGGGGCGCGCAUCCAUGGCCUUGUGUUUGGGGACGACACCGACCAGGAGGCCGUGGCUCAGAUGCUGGAUUUUAUCUCUUCGCAGACUUUCAUCCCCAUCCUGGGCAUCCACGGGGGCGCAUCUAUGAUCAUGGCUGACAAGAUCUGCCCUGAUAGAUGGCUGCUGCUGCUGCGGAGAAUCCAUCAAGCCUUUACCCUGCACAUGACUCACCUCCCUGUGGCAGGCGCGGCGCUCAGCUUCCAAGAAUAG